AAGCCACACACAACGUGCCGCAAUUAAAGCGCAGCUUACAAAAAACACAAACUGCUCACCCAGUGACAAACGUGAACAGUGAUAACAAGACAGUGACAGUGACAGUGAAAGUGACUUCAUUCGUUUGCGUCCUGCAAUUCACUUCGUGCUCGCUAUAGAGACAUUGCUCGCAUUUAAUUUGAAAUGAACGUGUCGCGUUACGUGAUUGCCGUUACGUAAAGUGUUUCAAAAAACGCAACGCGCUCGAGUGCGUUACGUUGCGCAUGAAAUGGCGGCACGCAGUUCGCGCUACAUUGAAUCCAAACGCAUCACUUACAAAUUGUUCUAGCUACGCCAAAGUUAUAAUUUAACAGCGUCACAAAUUGCGCAUGAAAUGUUGUUGGAACACUUUAUGGCGCUGCUCGUGAUCAUGGGACUAACCUCAACAUUCGACAGCAUCCAGCAUAAGCAGUACUUUGCACUUGCCAGCGAGCUCUCGAACUUAAUUCCCGACAACUACGAGGGCUAUGAACCGCAGUUCGACAACAGCACAGAGCGUGAAAUAAUCGCCGCCCUGGGCACCACAGCUCGCAUGCACUGCCGCGUGCGCAAUCUGGGCGAUCGCGCCGUCUCCUGGAUACGCCAACGAGAUCUGCACAUACUCACCAUUGGCAUCAUGACCUACACCAACGAUCAGCGCUUUCUUGCCCGCCACAUCGACAAUUCUGAUGAGUGGGUGCUCAAGGUGGUGUCCGUGCAGCCGCGAGACGCGGGCGUCUACGAGUGUCAGGUGUCCACCGAGCCCAAAAUCAGUCUGGCCUACAAGCUAAUGGUUGUGACAUCCAAGGCGCAAAUUCUGUCCAAUCGCGAGCUGUACAUUCAAAGUGGCAGUGACAUCAAUCUGACGUGCAUUGCACCUCAGGCGCCCGGUCCUUACACGCACAUGCUCUGGCACAAGGACACGGAAUUAGUCAGCGACUCGACGCGCGGCGGCAUACGCGUCGUAUCCGAGCAACAGAUGAAGACAAGCAAUCUGGUCAUAUCGCGUGUACUGCACACGGACUCUGGCAAUUACACAUGCUCGGCGGAUAACUCAAACUCCGACAGCGUCUUUGUGCAUAUCAUUAAGAGCGAACAACACGCAGCCAUGCAGCAUGAGUUGGGCGUGCGACUGGAGCUGCCCAGCCUGUGGCUGCUCAUGAGCCUGUUGCUGCUGCUACACGUGGCGCGCCGCCCACUGACGCCGCUGGCAUAAGCUGAGCCUGAGUCGCAGCAUAUGCUCGAUGUCCUUUAGUUGCAGCCUUAGCAUAAGCACACGCUGUAGUCGCACUCGAGGCAAAUAUGUAAAUAUGUAAAUCGAUUUGAGCUUUCGUUUAGGCAGCUUUAAGUAUUUUUAUACGUAAUUAAGUGAUUAGGACGCAUAAGCGACGCGAGCGUUAACUCGAUACGAAGCUCCAAAUAGUAUUCCCAACUGUAUUUUAGCAUAAGCAUUAAGCAUCGAAGUAAAUCGAAAAUCAAACGAAUACAACAAGCUGUACAUAA